AGCCAUACCUUCUUUCCAUCUCUGAAUGCCUAUUGAUAUGCAGAUGUACUAAAGCCAGGCGAGAUAUUCUGGAAAUAUUACCAUUUAACCCACGCCGAGACAUUAGCAGGUGACGGUCUAAGGUGGCUUUUGGUUGACAAAGUGACAAUGGAGAGCAUGCUACUCAGGGGAAGCCGUCGUCCCACCAGCCUGUGGUGCGAGGCCUCCGGGAAAGCAGUCUUAAUGCGUAAAGUACCAUUCAAGCUUAAAGCACCGGCCAGAUCCCGGCGAGCGGGGCGGCGCGUGCGCACAGCCCGCGCCGCCCGGCUCCGCCCUGCGCCCGCUAUUUAUUCCCAGAAUCCCUCUGUCGCACCAGAACAGUCGGAUCAUUUCGGGACUGCGGUGCUCGGGCGCGGCGGCGUCAAGAUGGCGGCGGCGGCGGUGGCGGCGGCAGCCGCAGCGGCCGCGGCUGCAUCUCUUCAGGUGUUGGAGAUGGAGAGCAUGGAGACCGCCGCCGCGGGCUCGGCGGGGCUGGCCGCCGAAGUCCGAGGCAGUGGCACGGUGGACUUCGGGUCUGGGCCCGGCAUAUCUGCAAUGGAAGCGAGCGGGGGCGAUCCGGGCCCGGAGGCCGAGGACUUCGAGUGCAGCACCCACUGCUCGGAGCUGUCGUGGAGGCAGAAUGAGCAACGGCGUCAGGGGCUCUUCUGCGACAUUACGUUGUGCUUCGGCGGUGCCGGAGGCCGCGAAUUCCGGGCCCACCGCUCGGUGCUGGCGGCCGCCACCGAGUACUUCACGCCCUUGCUCUCCGGCCAGUUCUCCGAGUCCCGCUCGGGCCGGGUGGAGAUGCGCAAGUGGAGCUCCGAGCCCGGGCCCGAACCCGACACGGUGGAAGCUGUUAUUGAAUACAUGUACACCGGGCGCAUCCGCGUAAGCACGGGCAGUGUGCACGAGGUGCUGGAAUUGGCCGACAGGUUCCUAUUAAUUCGUUUAAAAGAAUUUUGUGGAGAAUUUCUCAAGAAAAAACUUCAUCUCUCUAAUUGUGUGGCCAUUCAUAGCUUAGCUCACAUGUAUACCCUGAGCCAACUUGCUCUGAAAGCUGCUGAUAUGAUACGGAGAAAUUUCCACAAGGUAAUUCAGGAUGAAGAAUUUUAUACUUUACCUUUCCAUCUCAUUCGAGACUGGCUGUCGGACUUGGAAAUUACGGUUGACUCCGAAGAGGUUCUCUUUGAAACAGUAUUGAAGUGGGUUCAGAGAAAUGCUGAAGAGAGAGAGCGAUACUUCGAGGAACUUUUUAAAUUGCUCAGAUUGUCCCAGAUGAAACCUACUUAUCUUACUCGGCAUGUCAAACCAGAGCGAUUGGUCGCCAAUAAUGAAGUGUGCGUCAAGUUAGUGGCUGAUGCAGUGGAGAGGCAUGCUCUGCGAGCUGAGAACAUGCAGUCUGGUACGUUCCAGCAUCCUGCUGCUCAUGUCUCAUUAUUACCGCGCUAUGGGCAAAACAUGGAUGUGAUCAUGGUGAUUGGAGGUGUGUCAGAAGGGGGGGACUAUUUAAGUGAAUGUGUGGGAUAUUUUGUUGAUGAGGACAGAUGGGUAAACCUGCCCCACAUUCAUAAUCACCUUGACGGACAUGCUGUUGCAGUAACUGAAUCCUACGUGUAUGUUGCUGGAUCAAUGGAACCAGGGUUCGCUAAAACCGUGGAAAGGUAUAACCCAAAUUUGAAUACGUGGGAACAUGUUUGUAGUCUGAUGACAAGGAAGCAUUCUUUUGGGCUAACAGAAGUCAAAGGGAAGCUCUACAGCAUUGGAGGACAUGGCAACUUUAGUCCCGGCUUUAAAGAUGUGACUGUUUAUAAUCCUGAACUUGAUAAAUGGCACAACUUGGAAUCAGCACCAAAGAUUCUUCGAGAUGUGAAAGCACUGGCCAUUGAAGACCGGUUUGUGUACAUUGCUGCCCGCACUCCUGUGGACCGGGACACUGAGGAUGGAUUAAAGGCUGUAAUUACUUGCUAUGAUACGGAGACUCGACAGUGGCAAGAUGUGGAAUCUUUGCCACUUAUUGACAAUUACUGUUUUUUCCAAAUGUCUGUGGUCAAUUCAAACUUUUACCAGACAGCAUCAUGCUGCCCUAAGAGUUAUUCUUUAGAAAAUGAAGAGGCAGUAAGAAAAAUUGCCAGCCAAGUUUCAGAUGAGAUCCUUGAAAGCUUACCUCCAGAAGUCCUAAGUAUCGAAGGAGCAGCCAUUUGCUAUUACAAAGAUGACGUUUUCAUUAUUGGUGGCUGGAAAAACAGUGAUGAUAUUGACAAACAGUAUCGGAAAGAAGCCUACCGAUACUGUGCUGAGAGAAAGAGGUGGAUGCUUCUUCCUCCCAUGCCACAACCUCGCUGUAGAGCCACUGCUUGCCACGUGAGAAUCCCUUACCGGUACUUGCAUGGCACUCAGAGAUAUCCUAUGCCCCAAAACUUAAUGUGGCAGAAGGACCGGAUCAGACAGAUGCAAGAAAUACAUCGGCAUGCCCUAAAUAUGCGGCGAGUGCCAAGCUCUCAGAUUGAAUGCUAGAUUCUCUAAUACAUGCAGCCUAAAACGGUUAUACCUGUUUUGUGAAGCUGAAGAUACCUAGACUGUUACUUGAAAAUGUAUGUUGAUAACUUAUUUUUUACCUGAACUGAUUAUUGCCCCAUGUAAAGGAAAUGUAGUUAAAAAAGAAAGAAUGGGAAAUUCAAUUCAAUACAUGGUAGUUUUUGUUAGCUUGCAGGCUUUUUCUGUCUUUAGUUUGUGAGUAUGCACUAGCUAAAGAAGAUCUUGUUAAAGACAAGUGGAAAAACCAGGUGUAGUUACUUGACUUUUUCUGCCAAGUUAUAACUCCUUUGUCUUAGGGACUUCAGUUUUGAACAUGCUUCAAGUGCCAAUUUUAUUUGCACAUUUACUUUGUUGUUCCUUUUCAUUUUUUCUGAAUGGUUAUUUUCGACAAGAUCAGAAUUUAGGCAGUGAGUCCUCAUGCAGGAGGUAUGUGCAAUAGUGAGACUGAAAUUUGAAAAGAAAAAGCACAAUUUUUCAGCAAGGUGAUUUCAGAUGUUUGCAUUGAUAUUUUGUUGUAUGUAUUUAUCUAGAAAUGCUAUUUUGUUUAUUUUUAGAAGAAAUGACUGAUGAGAAGUUUGUGAUUGGCUCAUGUAUUUUUUUAAAUUUUCAUUUCUUUAGCAACCGUUAGAGACUUUGGGCCAUUGCUCUGAGAUGAUGGUAGUUGGCAAAAAUAUCAAUCUUUAGCAGAUUGAUAAAUAGAGGAAGUUAUGUAUGUGUAAUUUGUUACUCUAAGAAAAAUAGCAUUAUUAGUGUAGUCUGAGAAAUCAAAGUCAUUAAAAUUUCUUACUUUUUCAGUUGUAGGCUUAUUUGAGGACAAGGUAGUAUAAAUAAUGCCUAUGACAAUCAACAUUUAAUGCCUUCAAUUUUAAAUUUUUCUCUAAUGCAUAUGGUAUAGAAUCCUCAUCAUUCCUUUCUAAAAGAAACUUUUUUAAAAACGGGAAGUAACAAUUUAGAGAAAUGUUGCUAAAGAGAAGCCUUAUUAUUUCUCAGCCCUGAUUGUUAUAUUUUAUCUAGUUGCCUUAGACCUCCAUUGGAACUUUGAGCCUCAAGUACCAAAUUUAAGUGUGUACUUAUGGCUCUUAAAAAUGUAUUGAUGUAGUUAUCAUUUAUUUGUAUGCAUUCUGACUUUUACAUGCUUCCAAGCUUUAUCAAAUUAGCACUCAGUUAACAUAAAGAACUGCUCUAACAGUUUACAAAGUGGGUCCAGUAUAUUUUUCCUGUUUCUUCUGGAAUGUCUCAACCUUCUUAGAAAUUACAAAAUACUGUUCUAGAGGUUGAAUUCCAAGUCCAGUGAUUUUUUUUUUCCCCUAGACCAUUAUAGGUAACUACCUUAUUAGUUGUAUUAAACAUGGAAAGAAAAAAGCACAUCUAGAAAUUUUGGCUCCCAAUUUGCUGCAGGACUAUUAUUAUAUUUAGCCCUUGGGCUAUCUACUAAGAACUUUCCUGAAAUUUCUAAAUUAGUGACCCUUAGUAGAACAAAGUUUUCCAAUAAAUGUGUUGGAAAUCUGCUUUAAAACCAUUUAAUUUAGACUGGAAUGGAGAUGAAAAACAGUUAAAUAUCUGUAUGAGGAUAUAUUAUCCUACCCUACCUCUACCAUUUUCUCAAUUUCCAUUUAUUUGUAGUUAUUUUAAUAAUAGCCAUUUGGUGUCUGACAAAUGCUACUUGUUAGUAGUGAGAGGUCUGCAACUAAGACAGAAAAGCUCAUUGAACUCACUUGUCGUUUUUCUCUGAUUGACUGCUAGCAAACUCCCUCUCCUUGUUGGUGGUGAAGUAAUCUAGUAGCACACUAGGAGGCCAGUUUCUUUCCAGAAGGGUGUGAUGUAAGGUUUUGGGUGGGUUUUGUCUCAACUGUUGUCUUCUGAGACGAUUAUCACCAAAUUAUUCAGAAGAUUGUCUUUUUCUCACAAGAUAUGACAGAAAUAACUCCUAAGAUUUAGAUACAAUCUGGUUUGGAGAACUUAAUUGAAAGUGUUGUUUUUUAACUCAGCAGGCAGCCUAGGCCAAGGCUGAAAAGAAGGGGUAAGUCCUUCCUUGCAUGAUGCCGUGUGUAGGUUUUCCUGACCUCUGAGUUUCUCAUUUUCAUAUUUGAAUUCACAUGUGUGAUUUCACAUCAAUAACGUGUGUUUCUGAAAUAUCCUAACUAACUUGUUAAUAAGGAAAGAAACCAGAUUCCAGAAUUCCUUUAAUCUGUUCAAGGCUGACAUUCUGAAAUUCUAAACUGGAAAUAACUUCUGGAGUAUUUGAAAAGGUUCUUACUUUGAUGACCAGCCUAAAAUGGCUCUGUGGGAAAAAAACUUCCUUUAAGAUUGUGUUUGGUACUUUAUGCAGUUAAAAAUAUGGCUUUAAAAAGACAGUUUACUGUGUAUUCAAGCAAACCUCCUUUUGUUGCUUUUGUUUCAUUUUGUGGAAGGAAAAGAAAGGAAUUGAUUAUACCAAAAAAUAAUAACUAUGUCUAACUUUGAGUGAGGUUCCUUGUAUCUUAGAAUGGAUAUCCUCUAUCUCUACCUACCCAACCAUGGUUUUAAAAAAACCCAGCAGUAUAUAUUGGGAAUGUCAGUCAUGAGCUUAGUGUCACUUGCAGUUGUUUGCAUGAUUAGUCUUGUGUAUCUUGAUAAUCCACUUUGCUUACGCUGUGCCAAAUCAGAAAUACUUUACUAAAAAAAAAAAUCUCAAAAUUCAUUGACAUCUUGUUUUGAUUACUUGGUUUUGUAUUUCUGGGACCAAAAAUUUUUUAAAUACUGAUUUUUUUUGUAAUAUAGAAGUUUGGAGCUGGAAAGGUAGUAUUUAUGGAAGAUUUGUGUGCUUUGUAUUUUAUACUUUUCAGGCUGCUGAUAAGGCAGUUUCUAGGGCACACUUUUUUCCUGUAUAUGUUUCUUGGCUAGUGUAGCAUGUGGUAUGUUUAAAUACUUGAUACUCUGCUUCAUAAUUCUAAUAUGAACACUAUACAAUAGGUAGACAGGUAAGCUAAAUUGUAUAUUUUAGUUACUUGGCCUAAUCAAGCAUAACUAAAGGGAUUUUUUUUUUUUUGUAUUUUGCUCAAGUUAAGCUUAAAAGGCUUGUUGGCCACAUUCCAUGUCUUUUGAAAGUAUACAGAAUUGUGAAGCAAGUUCUCUGCCUACACUAGGAAAAUUGGGCGUUUAUCGGUUGCUGUUUAACUGUAGAAUGUUUGAGAAACAGUUCAGUCUUCCCUUUUUUAACUGUCAUUUUGACACAGUUCAUCACUCCAGUUGCUACUUUCUUGAGAAUAGUGUAUUUUUGUUUUUGUUUUUGUUAAAAUUAUAACAGUUCUGGUCAUUGAAAACAAAACAGCUCAUAGAUGAGUGAUGUAAUACAACAACAAUAACAGAAUAUAGUGGUCAUUUUGCUUCAAGGAAUUUAAUUAGAGAGCCAAUAACUGCUCUUUGUUGAUUACCUUUGUGGGCUUUUGUCUUACUCUAUAUGAUCAAUACUCCCAAUGUCUGACAUUGAAGCACAUACAAUAGAGCACUUGUUAACUUACUCCUCCUGCAUUAAUGCACUUGUGAAACUAGUGCUUGCUAGUGUUUAAAGGUUAUGAUCCUUGUGCUAGGGCCACUUAUUUAUAAAAUGAAGAGUUCAAGUUGAUACUCAGUGAGUUUUUUGGGGGCUAUCAGUAUCCAAGCCCCUAUUCUACUGAAAAUAUAUCCUUGGCUAUCUCCCUAUAAGUCAGGAGAUGUAGAAUUUAGGACACUUUGAGACAUUACAUUGUAAAAUAGCUUGCUUUAUGUUCAUAAGCUGUCUUGGUCUGUGUUAAAGCUCCUAAUUGUCUCAAUGUGAGUUUUAAAUAAAUGUAUUUCUUUAGA